AUGGCAAAUGCAUCAAAUGUUCAAUGUACAAAAUGUACAAAAAAUGCUGGUAUAACUACAUGCGAUGGCUGUUUAGCAAAAUUGUGCAGACGGUGUUUCAAUGAUCAUCGUCAAGAUUUGUCAAAAGAAUUCGACAAUGUUGUCUACGAACACGAUAUGCUCAAACAGGAGCUCGAAACGCCAAAUAAAAAUUACUCUCAUCAUUUGUUAAAACAGAUUGAUGAUUGGAAGAAAGACUCUAUCGAUAAAAUUAAUCAGCUUGCUGAUCUAUGUCGGACUGACGUUGUCAAACUGCUGGAUAAAAACAAGAACCAGCUUACUGACAGAUUUCGCAAAAUAUCGAAUAAACUUCGUAAAGGUAGGGACGAUGAAGAUUAUGUUGAACGAGAUCUCAACAAAUGGAUGACUGACUUGAAAGACCUAAAAGAUGAACUUAUCAAACCAUCGAACUUUCGUGUCGAAGAGGAUAACCAACGAUCUCCUUGGAUUCAAAAGAUCAGAGUGCAUGAAGAUUUCUACGACCCAGCAAAAGUGGAAGAUGGUAAGUCAUGA